AUGUCUUCACCAAUUAAAGAAGGAUAUUUACAACGUUAUAGAGGUGGAUUAAUUCCAAAUAGAUGGAAAAGUAAUUUUGUUGUGUUAUAUUCUGAUUCAACACUUGUAUUUUUUAAUAAUACGGGUGAUGGAAAACCUCACGAAACAGUUACACUAAAAAAUGUUGUUCAGUACACGGCUGUUGGAUCCAUGUGUGAUAGGCUACCUGUCCGUCGUCCAUCUUUUCCACUUGGUGUUAGAGACAAAGCUGUUAAUCGUUUGAUCUGUAUUGGAAUGGAUUCACAAGCCUCUAAAGCUCACUGGAUUCUUUUUCCAUCAGAAAGGAUAUUAGAGUUAAUAUUUUUUAAUUACUUUUGGAACCUAAGUUCAUGGAUAUUUGCCAUUAUUUCAACUUUAACUCAGCCACCACCUCAACCAUCACCUCAACCAACAUUAAGGCCAAUUGGUUGGUGUCUACCGAUUCCAGAUGCUAAUUCAUCUAGUUGUAGCAAUUCAUCAGUGCCGGCUGCUGCAAAUGCAGCAGCCGGCACUCGUUCAUCAACCGGCACAGGAAAACCAACACUGGCUGCUGGUUUGAAAGUCGCCUCUGGUUUAGCAACCGGUGCAGGAAAGGUUCUCUCCGUCUCUCUUCAAGCUUUUCGUUUUGGUUACAUGCUUGCAACACUUGGAGGAGACUCAUGA